GUGAUACCUUCCAAUCCCUACCAAGUAUGUGUAUCCACGUGGACCUCUAUCGUCACUGAAUGCUUAUCUACUGUGAACUCUCCAACUCGCCCACGAGAAAGUCUGAUCAACAGUCAAAUCAUCUGCGGACUCGCGAACAACUCAGACCAUUGACAAUCGUCUCAGCAAAACACCCCGACAAGCUAACCAAGCGCUCGCAGCGAACCGUGCGAUACAUCGGUCCCCUCCCUCAUACACCCUCCACAUCACACACCCAACACGCCACACAUCGAUGCAUCACAUCGACGCAUACACCCAUCCAUGUAUCCCCCGCCACGCACACAUCCAUCAAACCAUCCAUCCGUCCGUCCGUCCAUCACACCCACCACUGCACUGCCAAGAUCACGAGAACCUACGGGAACUGGGUGAAUUCGAGGGUCUUCUGCCAGAUGCCCAGGCCAGUGUUGAUCUGCCAGAGGAAGAGAGCCGCUCCCGUAGCAUUGAGGCUAAUGUGGGCGAUGCGAGCCGUGUCGUUGCCCUUCUGCAUGGCCGGGACGAGCGCCGCAGCGAGAGCCCACAUGACAGUGAUCGCCGCGCCGCAGUACAGAUGUGGUCCCGGGAACAGCUUGCCUGUCCGCAGGUAGGUGUUGACCGGUCCCUCGAUAGCGAACGUCACACCGAGCCCGAGAAGGACGGAGCCGACUGUCCAGUGCUUGUCACGGAAGUCGCCCUUGACCAGCUCCUUGCGGGUGGCUGACAGAGCCUCUAUCUUGUCGCCCAGGGGGACGGCGGCCCGAAGCCGCUGCAAGUCGGCCUCCAUUGCACUCACGUUCUCCUGCAUCUCCUGCACAAGCACACAUAAGAUAGAACAGACAUCAGCACAAAGACCCUAUGGCUGUUGUUGUCCAUUCCAUUCCAUCACUCACCCCUUGCUCUUUGUGCUUGUCGAUUUCAGCAGACAGCGAUGCGAUCGUUUUGGACAGCGGCAAAGAUGGGGCUUUGCCCCCCACAGUUGGCAGCUGCGCCUUGAGUUCGUUGAUGUCCCCCUGGAUGGUGCGGAUGCGACGCCAGUUCCACCCCGUCACAGCCGAGUAGAUGGUCGCCGCGGCGAGGGAGAACAUGGCGAUAGGAUGCAGGCUUGAAAUGAUCUUGCCCUCCCAGAUGCCGAAUUCCCGACCCUUGGCCAUUGCUGGGGCAGCCAACAAGAGGGGCAUCAGUGCGCCGCCAACAACCGAGGGGGACAGCGGCAGCGCAGCAGGUUCGGGAGCGGUCGAGGAACGUUGCAGGUCAUCGAUGGACGUGAUGCUCUUCAGAUGAUCUUGAAACUGCUCGCUCGAGAGCAAGGGGGCAUCUCUCUGCGGCUGCACGGCGUCAAGGCGUUGGAGGCCACCCCGUUUGAGCAGGCCUGGUGGUGCGCUCUUGUUGAGAGGGGCAAAGCCGAAGAUCUGCACCGGCGCCACCAAAAGGAUGAAGAUCAGCUUCAUUGGGCAGACCAACAUGCCUCAAAAAUCAGCGCAGGAACUUGCUGAGCUCGCAGCGCAAGAUUCUCG